AUGAUAAACAUAUUCUUUCAUUCACGGCUGUUACAAAUUGGAUUAUCAACUGCAAUAGCUGGUCUAUUUUCAGGUGCGGCAACACCAUUGAUCUAUGAAGCACUUGCUGAAAUAAUGUUUUCUCUUUCUGAAUCAUUGUCAGCAUCAAUUCUUGUUCAAUGGAUAAAUAUUAUUUCGCUUAUUUUUCUAUUUGUUGCACCAAAUCGAGAUAAAUUAGUAAAUUUUCUUGUAUUAGUUGUUGGAGUCAGCUGUAUUGUAAUGGUUGUGUUAACGCGAUUUACCUAUAGAAGACGUGAUGAAGAUGAAAGGCAACGUGUAGAAAAAGAACAAAAUCAAGCAGCAAAAGAAAAUAAUACAAGUCUUCGUAUCAACAUUACUAUUAAUGAACAAUCGUAUGGAACAUUUGAUUAA